CCUCUCCUCGUCCCCUCAUCAACUACUCCAAUCCGCUUUCUGCGGCGGAGGACGGGUGAGGAUCAGCCACGAAAUCUACAAACGCCAUCUUCUACGCCUCUCCUCCUCAUCGACUCGGCCGCUUAACUGCGCGUCGUAUUCGCCACUCGACCCUCUGGCCUCUGUAUCCUCCUGUCAAGCGCAGCAGAUUCGUACUAGCUGCAUCUUUCUCGCUCUUCUCAAUCGUCUUCUGCGACUACGACGCUAUUGCUCUGCGAGGCGACGUGCCAAGAGGUAUCCAGUAAUCUGCUCAUGAGCGUACACGCAAAUUCGACCGCCGCGUCCACCCCGCGAGGCAAACAGAUGACGACCAGCAACGGCUUCUCGCAAGGUGGUGGUGGUGGCGGAGGCAGGAAUCGUGGCCAGGACAUCAGCCAUUUACUCUCCUUCACGCUGCCACCCCGAGCUCGCCCCCCGGCGCCCGUUAGUCGUCGAUCUCGUCGCAGCGGCCCCUCGCAGCCAUUCAACAAAGAGCGCUACGUCGCAGCCCAGUAUCGCUUUCUUGUCAAGCCGACGGGCGACUACACGGCCUACUUCGCAGACGCCGACAUCUACCUCAACUGGGGCGACAUCCUCUCCGUCCUCAUCCCAACUUCGUCAGCCCUUUCAGGGGCAUCAACUUCUUCCCUCACAGCAGCCUCUCAACCAUCACUCGAGUCGCAUGAGGGAGCUGCUUGUCCCAUCUGCUUGAGCCCGCCGACAGCGCCGAGGAUGACCAAGUGCGGUCACGUCUAUUGCUACCCUUGCAUCCUCCAAUACUUGUCAACGACUGACGGGCCGUCAAACAUGGGCCCGUUGCCCAUUCCUGGAGCGGCACCGGCUGCGCAGCUACCAGCGGGCACUCCAUUGUCUGGCCCCACCAAUCGGAUGUGGAAGCGAUGUCCCAUCUGCUGGGACGCAGUGUAUGCACGAGACCUCAAGGCAGUCAAGUGGUGGGAUCCAAAGGCAGUCGCUCUCGACAGGCAAGGCGAUGAUACCUCGCCCGAGGCUGAGCCCUCUGUCGCGCCCACCGAGUGGCUCAGAAUGCGUCUCAUUGAACGUCCGCAAAUCACCACAUUGGCAUUGCCUCAGUCAUCUACCUGGCCCACGUCCUCGACAUCUCCCUCGGAUCAGCCCUUGAUCGCCCAGCACCAAGCACCCUGGCACUUCCAACCCGACGUGAUGACCUUCUCCAAGUUCAUGCUUGCCACGCCUGACCUCCUGCUCGGCUCACUCACGCAAGACGUAGAUGAGCUGGCUGCCGAGAAGUCGCUACUCAAGUCAAUGGGAGCCGGCGGGCCAGGCACAGGGGACAACAGCUUGGCAUACGUCGACCUCGCAGAGAGGAAAGUGCGCGAGCAGAUGGGCAAGGUGCUCAAUGAGCUCGACACGCCAGUAGUGCGAAGCACAAUUGGCCAGGCCAAGAACGACCUCAAGGAGCACGACGAGGCGGAGCAGGGUAGGAGGUUGAGGGAGGGAGAGAAUCUCAGUCGUCGUCAGAGGCGGCAGGCUGAGAAGCAACAGGCGGCGGCGGCGGCGGCGCAAGACGAUGGGAAGGAUCAGGCGGGAGACCAGGGCGACGGCGCUGCAGACAAGGAUGAGACCGAGUCAGAGAAGCCAACAGAGUCAGCCGUCGGAGCUGAAGACUUUCUUGCGCUACGUGCCUCAAGUCAAGGAGGCUCCUACGGCAGUAGGGCUCGUCAAGAGUCGCAAGCAGAUGUCGCUACUACAGGAAGCGCCCCUGCGAGCUCCUCGGCAGACGAGAGCGCUACUCCUCCGCCGCCUGUUACCAAAGGCCCAGCCCGCUCGCGUCGCAACCUCAAUCCUCCGAACCCUUCUCCCUCGUCCUUCUUUUUCUACCAAGCCUCCUCAGGUCAGAACAUCUUCAUGCACCCACUAGACAUCAAGAUUCUCCACUCUCAGUUCGGCAGCUACGCUCGUUUCCCGCGCGAUAUAGCUGUCAAGGUGCAGAGCGCAGAGGAGGGCAGUAUGAAUGAAGAGCUGCGCAAGAGGUGCAGGUAUUUGACGCAUCUGCCGAGAGGCACGGAUGUCGUAUUUAUUGAGAUUGAUUGGGAGGUCAUGGCUGCGGCCAAGGAGGGUGGCCCGCCUCCGUUGGUCAGCAAAGCGACUCUCAAGCCGUACGAGCAGGUGCUGCGUGCACGCCGCAACAAGCGACGCGAUAAGGAGCGAAGGGAGGAUAGAGCGAAGCUCAAGGCCGAGGAAGCAGAGGCGGCUAGGCGACCGCCGAUCACCACCACAACUGGCUCUGGCGGUGCGCAAGCAAUGCCCAUGGGCUCGGGGCGGCGCUCUCGGGACAGUCAUCCUGACCUUCAGCUCUCUCAAAGCUACGGCAGCAGCGUCGGCGGAGGAGGGGACAGUGCCUUCUCGAACAUGUCUGGCCACUCGGCAGGCGCAGCCGGUACAUCACCCACCUUCAUGGAGGCCGCAAUGUGGGGCGCAGAGCGUCACUUCCCCGUUCACCCUGGUGCCUCGGCUGAUCAUGGCUCGGGGGAGGAAGACUUCCCUGCUGUCGCGCCCUCCUCCAACUUUCCCUCUGGCCCCUCCCCACCCCUCGCCCCUUCCACGCGCACUGUCUGGGGCACUCCCGCAGCAGCUCGUCCUUCCUUUGCCUCGACGUUGCACGCCUCUUCGCGUGGGCAGCAGGGAGGAGGAUGGGAUGAGGACGUGGAUGAUGCCUGGCUGGAGCUGGAGGAAGGAUUCGUGCUUGGAACGAAUAACUCCAAGCAGGUGAGACAGGGUAGGGGACUCAACACGCAGCAGCAGGGUCAAAGGCGCAACUGCAACGCUAAUGGAGGAGAGAGGACACCGCAGGGGGAGAAGCCGAGCUUUGCACAACGGACCUCCUCUCAACCGCAGAGCCAACAGGGUACGCCCGCAGACAAGAAGGAGGAAGGUGGCGACUCCGCUGCCGCUAAGCCCCCUGCUGAGCAGCCACCGGCAAAGGGCAAGAAGCAGCGCAAGGCGAAGCUUGUGCUCACUGGUGGAGGAAGGGGGAUGGCUUGAGUGCUGACGCUACUUGAGCCAGAUAGCAUUGUGAAGUGACCCUUCCGUAGCCUGGGAUUGACUUUUCUCGAUUCGAUUUGCUUUGUCCGCACAGCAUUACUGUAUAUCGUACACACAACACAGACACAAUGACACAUUCCUUUCCCCCUCCAUCUCUACAUUGCCAUGCUCAGCUACAUCGCGAGCCCUGAUUGGCAAGCACUACACCGCAUAGCGCUGAGGAACAGCAUCUCUUCGGUCUCUAGUGCCUCAUCGAGGCGGAAGCGGCCAACGAAGACAACGUGAAGUGGCCUUGCCCUGGAGACAGAGGGAGUGACAGGCUGAUCAGAGGGACACGGGGCUGGCCCUCCUCCGCUUCG